UUGGACUCUACCUCCCCCUUUGCUUUGUUUCACUUCACUUCACUUCUCACGCAUAAAACACACACACUUGACUAGUCGUCAAACUACACUCCCACCUCAAAGAUUCAAUCUUUAUUAAUACCCAGAACUUAAAUUUUCAUUUUCUCUUUAUAAAUCAAACUCCAUAGCCUUUUUUUGUUUGUGGGGUUUACUCUUUCUUGAUUUUCUUGUUAAAGACAUAAGCUUUUUUUUUCCCCGGGAAAUUUCUUGCUAAAAAUAGAUAUAUAAAAUGGAAAUGGAAUUUUGGGGUUCAAGAACUCACUCAGCUAAACACCACCAAGUUCACACUUUGCAAUCUGGCCGUCUUAGCAACUCUGAUAAUCAUUUGGGAAUGGAUGGAGAUGAUGAUGUUAGAGCCUGGUUUCCCUGCCCUUUUUGUUAUGUUGAAAUCGAAAUCCCUGUGUUUUGUUGUCAUUUGCAAGAAGAACACUGUUUCGACCUCAAAAAUGCGGUCUGUCCGAUAUGUGCUGCAAAUUUGGGCAAAGAUGCACUUUCUCAUUUCACAUCUCACCAUGUCCAUUCGAUAAAGAGGAGAAAAUCCCAGAAAUCUGGUAUGUGGAGUAACGGUGCGUGUCUCACACGAGAAAUAGCUGACAGGGGAAACAUACAAGAAACAGCACCUGACCCAUUAUCGGCAUUUCUUUACAAUGUUCCACUGUCAGAGCUUCAAGAAGAUCAAGUAUCAAGCGAAACUUCUGAUGUUAAGAGCACAAAAGAGGAAGUAGAAGUGAAGGAUCACGAAGAAAAGAGGCAUCGAGCAGCAUUCAUUCAACAACUAAUCUUUUCCACCAUAUUCUGAAGUAAAAACGUCUCGAAACGCAAACCAUAUUAGUAAAGGAAGUUAGCAUUUGUAUCAGUUUAAACUUUGCUAUACUUGAUCAUCUAUAAGUUGAUGGUUUAAAUUAAUUAGUGUUUUAAUUUACCAGAUUAUGUAUCCAUCAUGUAUCUGUAACCUAUGCAAGUUCAAUGAAGUUAAUCAAAACCUUCAUCACUUAAA